CGCUGUUGUUGCCCCCCCCUCCCAGGGAUCGGCCUAUUCCUUUCGUUUUGUUUUCCCCGUCAAUCCGAAAGUAGUGCCACCAUGAGCAAGAUCUCGCGUGAGAACCUCCUCAAGAACGUCAACGAGGUCCUUGAGGGCUCCAAGACCAAGCAGCGCAAGUUCACUGAGACCAUCGAGCUCCAGAUCGGUCUCAAGAACUACGACCCCCAGAAGGACAAGCGCUUCUCCGGCACCAUCCGCCUGCCGUUCGCCCCCCGCCCCCAGAUGACCGUCUGCAUUCUGGCUGAUGCUGCCCACCAGGACCAGGCCAACGAGGCCGGCCUCCCCAGCAUGAACAUCGAGGACCUGCGCAAGCUCAACCGCAACAAGAAGCAGAUCAAGAUCCUGGCCAAGAGCUACGAUGCUUUCCUGUCUUCCGAGUCUCUGAUCAAGCAGCUCCCUCGUAUCCUCGGCCCUGGUCUCUCCAAGGCUGGUAAGUUCCCUGCCCCGGUCACCAACACCGACUCUCUGCUCGCCAAGGUCGAGGAGACCAAGUGCACCAUCAAGUUCCAGCUCAAGAAGGUUCUGUGCCUGGGUGUCCCCAUUGCCAACAUCACCAUGGAGGCUGAGGACAUCGUCCAGAACAUUGCCCUGGCCGUCAACUUCCUCGUCUCCCUGCUGAAGAAGAACUGGCAGAACGUCAAGUCCCUGUACAUCAAGUCCACCAUGGGCAAGCCCGUCCGUGUCUACUAAGUGUGCUCGCAUUGUCGGUGCGCGCUUGUCGCCAUUGUCCUGGGGAGGGCCCUUUUCUCCGGUGACAGGGGGGGAGUUCUGAUGCGUGUGCGACGCCCCCGGGGAGGGCUCUUCCUCUCUCUCUCUCUCGCGCUCUUGCGGGUAGGAGAAGGGGGCAGCCCCUUCGGAGCCCGUUUUCUUUUCUCCCCCCCCUGCCACCUUCUCCCCUCUCCAUGUCGUCCUUGGCGACGAUGUGCUGUGCCCUCUGCGCGCGCGCGUGGGUCUGAGUGAUGCAGAAGAUAUGAUCACCGAGAUGGCCGCACGUGCGUGUGUAGGUGUGUGCGCGCACGCGCUUGGAUGCAAUAUCACUCCGUGAAUCUGUCCUUCUUUGGCCGGGGAGGGCGUGUGUCCAUGCCAUUCGUGGCUGUGCCGCUCUUUCUGUGUUGUGUUUGUGUGUGCGCGUGUGCAUCAACGCGUGUGUUUCCUUCUCUUCCUCUGUGUCCUUCUUGCUGUGUCUCUCUCUUGCCCACCAAACAUCCAUACUCUGCGUACUUCACCGCAUCACCAACAGGAGGGCGCGUCGAGAGUGGAGCGUGUGUGUGUGUGCCACACACACUUGCCUUUCUCUGGCAAGGUGUGCGUGUCUUUCACCGCCUUCCCUCCCCCCUCCUGCUUGGGAGCUGAGAUUUUGCUUUGGCUUUAGUAGUAAUACAUCUCGGGGA